CCAUGUGAGCUGCGUCCGGCAAAGAGGAGCAAGCGCAGGCUUGUGAGCAGUUUCGUACUGCGACUGUGCGUCCGAGCUUCCUCCUGUUGAGUGGAUUUCCUUCCACAGUGUGAAACUGGCCACCGCCCAAGUUCACUUGACGGAUUUCCCCCAACAUGGCAGCGGGGGCGACCGCGUGGCUGCCGUUGGCCCGUGCGGCAGCCGUGGGUUGGGCGCCCCUGACCGGCGUGCCCAUGCCGCCGGCCCCGCCAGAAGGACGGCGCGGGAAAAACAACAUCCUUACCCUCAAUGUGAGUGGGAACAGAUUUCAGACGUGGCGAGAGACUCUCGAGCGCUAUCCGGACACUCUUCUUGGAAGCUCCGAGAAGGACUUCUUCUUUCAGCAGGAGAACAACGAGUUCUUCUUCGACCGUGACCCGGACUCGUUCCGCCACAUCCUGAACUUCUACCAGACGGGAAAACUCCACCUCCCGCGGAACGAGUGCAUUGCCGCCUUCGACGAGGAGCUCUCCUUCUUCGGUAUCGUCCCAGACGUGAUUGGAGACUGCUGUUACGAGGACUACAAGGAGAACCAGGAGCGCCUCCUGGACCAUGCGCAGACAGACCUAACUAGCGACCCGAUACCGGGCGACGUGAGCUUCCGGGACUCCUUGUGGCGAGCCUUCGAGAACCCGCACACAUCCACCGUGGCGCUGGUCUUCUAUUACGUCACGGGGUUCUUCAUAGCUGUGUCCGUCAUUGCCAACGUUCUCGAGACGGUCCCGUGUACGGCGAGGCUCGACUCCGCGCAGCCCAGAUCCUGCGGCGAGCGCUACGCCUUUGCCUUCUUCUGUUUGGACACAGCCUGCGUGCUGAUCUUCACAGCGGAGUACGUCCUCCGUCUGGUCGCCGCGCCCAGCCGCUUCAAGUUUGUCAAGAGCAUCAUGUCGCUCAUCGACGCGGUGGCCAUCAUGCCCUACUACGUCGGUCUUGUCGUGCCCGAGAACGAGGACGUGAGCGGCGCUUUCGUCACGCUCAGGGUCUUCCGUGUCUUCCGGAUCUUCAAGUUCUCGCGCCACUCAGCCGGCCUUCGCAUCCUGGGCUACACGCUGAAGAGUUGCGCCUCCGAGUUGGGCUUCCUGCUCUUCUCGCUCACCAUGGCCAUCGUCGUCUUCGCCACCGUCAUGUUCUACGCCGAAAAGAGCUCCAAGGGCUCGGCCUUCACCUCCGUCCCCGCCGCCUUCUGGUACACCGUCGUCACCAUGACCACGCUCGGGUACGGCGACAUGGUUCCAAAAACCAUCGCGGGCAAGAUCGUGGGCUCCAUCUGCUCGCUGAGCGGCGUGCUGGUCAUCGCUCUGCCCGUACCCGUCAUCGUGUCCAACUUCAGCCGCAUUUACCACCAGAGCCAGCGUGCCGAGAAGAGGCGGGCCCAGAUGAAAAGUCGUCUGGCUAAAAUUCAAGCGAGAAAGAACGAAGGGGCGAGCGCUUACUUGCGCUACAAACCGCUGAGCGACGCUGAGGAGGUGGACCGGGCGCCGGCGUUCAAGGCAAACCCCAACGGCGACAUGGCGGAGCAUCAUCACCGCCUGCUGCACUGCCUGGAGAAAACCACGAACGUGCACUUUGUGGAUCCGGCGUCGUUGGAGAGUUCUAACGAGGAGGCCUUGUUGAACCAGGCCCAGUCUCGUUCGGCCCGUUCCUCCCGCUCAUCGUCCUCGCCGUCGACUUUCACUUCCUGUUGUCUUCACGCCGAGAGGACCGACCUGCACCCGCGCAAGUCCGACAGCGUCACGAUCCAACAUCCGCAGCGGCCGCUCAGGCUCUGAAGUUGAAAAGCGACCUCAAACCACGAGUCGCCCUCCACCAUACUUCACGAUUGGGAGGAAUUUUGAAGUGUUUGUGCCGUGUUCUUUGUCCACACAACGACAUCUGUUCUUGUUGAAUUUUCUACUUAUCGUAGAUUUCAUAAAAGAGAUGACUGUAAGUCUUUAGUCCACCCUUUAGAUUCUUCUUCACCACACAGCAUUCUACGCCGUUCAAAAGGCGGUCAUUUUUACAGGACAGUCACUCCUCCUCAUAGAAUUUUUUUUUUUUUUAUCGCGAGCAUUCCUAUAUAAAAAGUCGUGUUUCAGAAAAAGUUUCAAUAAUAAUAAUACACAUUACGAUUAAAAAGAUGCAUUUUAUGGAGAAUUGCAAUGUUUUUUGUAGCGAGCGGCAACAUUGCUGAGUCGUCUGGAUUUAGAGAAUCGGUCUCAGCGUGGAGUACCGCAAACUAAGACGCGGUUUUCGAUUGAUCAAUGCACACCGUUCGUAAAAGUCAAGUGUGCUCGUUAUCGUAAUCAGGGCGGCUUCAACCAGCACCUCCAGCGGCUCUUGGGAUUUCGUUUGCGGACUCUUAAGUCGGCCGACGACUGUCUCCGACCGUCCGACUUCUCUCCACAGUCUCUUCGGUCUCGAUGCCAAAUCGGAGGAGGCUGC